CUUACACGGAAGCUUGGAUAAGUUCCCUAUCAAAAGUCCAGACCUAUUCUGUACAAAAAGCCACUUUGCAUUUACAAACGGCAACCGAUUUAGGUUUCACUGGUUUUCACUGGUUUUCGCUCGCCAUGACUUCAGAAUAUCGUCCUUAACCUAGUUUGAAAUAUAUGGUUUUGUAAACUCCAUAAUCCAAAGCUCUGCCGCCUGCGAGAGCUUGCGACGGAGCUAUCCUAAUUCUUUUCUCAUCCAUUCAAGUUUCGUGUAUAUUCGCCUGGCGCAUUACUGUACAAACGAUAUCGAAACACCAUGAUACGACUUCUUAAACUGCCAUGUGGCCUUGCUGCCACUCUCUUGGCAACAGUUUGCUUAAAUACGGGUCAUGCCGUAGCUGGGCCGUCUGUCAAUGUUGCCAUGAGAGCUGCCUUUCCUGCGCCCCCGUAUAUCGUUGAGCUUUUAGAAGCCGCUGCUGGAGAGAACGCGACGUCUUAUUUCCCACUCCUCGACCGUAUCGCCGACGGUGCCUUUACAAACGCAAAGACAGAUAAGGAACUCUAUGAGAAGUUCCUCCAGGUUCUGAAGGAGGAUGGCCAUAUGCAGACCCCCAAGGCGUUAUCCACAUUUAAACUUGCUCUCUCCAUGAGGUCAGCGGCUCCGAGAAUAGAGGCGCAUUACCAAUACUAUGAUACAGCCGUAACGCCUUCUCUGGGAGCAGCCAGAGCUGACUGUGCUGAAUGGAUACUCCUUGGUGGAAAGCAGUAUUGUUCGGCUUCACUUACGCACGCCGAAGGGCAGAUUACAGGAGAUUCACAAUUACGAUCGCUCCCAUUCGAUCGUACUUUGGGUACUGGUUCUGAGGCGAUAUUAUAUGCGGAUAUCACUAAGCCUGAAUUCAGCUCUUUUCACAAAUCCCUAGUGGAUAUGGCCCGAAAGGGAGAAGUCACUUAUCGGCUUCGAUAUCGUGUCGAUCAAGCUGAAGAACGAGAGCCGCUGCCGGUCGGCGGGUACGGAAUAGAACUUCAACUAAAGCGCACGGACUAUAUCGUCAUUGACGAUCGCGAGGCCGAAGCUCAGACAGAUUCAGCAGACAAACCCGCUCCUACUGAUGUUGUACUCGACGGCGAGGAGGAGGUUACUGACUUGAAGCCAUUAUCGAGUUCCGAAUUAGCAUCAUUAGGACUCAAGGCGGGUUCUUUCAUUAUGCAAAGCGAUGACCCUUUUCAGACCUUAAUCAAGUUGACCCAGGAUUUCCCCAAGUUCUCGGCCUCAAUCGCAGCGCACAAUGCUUCAGACGCGUUCGUUAAGGAGCACCGUCAUAACCGGGCUUUAGGAGUUCCUGCUGGAAUGAAUGUCUUUUGGAUGAACGGCGUCCAACUCAUUGAGCGACAAAUUGACCCAUUUAGUCUCGUCGACAGCAUUCGAAGGGAAAGAAAGCUCAUUGAAGGUGUAACGGAUUUGGGUCUAACUGGUAAAGAGGCUGUCUCUUUAUUGGGGAACCGAGAAGUGACAAUAGCUAAGUCCGACGAUGAACCUCGUAGAUUCGACUGGCGGGACGAAAUCGAAGAGGGCCGUGUUAUUGUAUGGCUAAACAACAUCGAGAAAGACAAGCGUUAUGCUGAUUACCCCAAGAGUCUUAUGAGCCUCAUGCAAAGGACGUACCCGGGGCAGGUCCCUCAGAUUCGUAAAGAUAUUUUCAACCUUAUCGCUCCAGUUGACUUCAGCAAACCGGAAGACCUUUCUCUAGUCGUCGAACAACUUCAAUCCUUCAUUAAGAGACUAUUGCCUGUCCGCUUCGGGCUGGUCCCUUUGACGCCGACUAAGGAAGCCGAGGAACGAGCAAAGGUGGUCUACCACCUCCUCGAGAACUAUGGGCUAGCUAGCUUGAUGUCCUACCUAGAGGCCUGUAGCAAAGGAGGCCAUUCCGGGCAAGCAAGUUUCGACAAGGCUAUCAAAAAUCGAUCUCCGAAAGCUGAAGCGACUCCCCUCCCAUUCAAGGAGGUCCUCGAGUCAGAACAUUAUGCCAAGCAAGUUGAACUUUCCAGGCACUGGGUAGAACGACUCAAUGCCAACCCUGAAGUGCCUCUAUUAUUUCUCAAUGGAUUAGCUAUACCCCGGCAGGAUAAAUGGCUUCAGAUGAUGAGUAUGAGGAUGAGUAGUGAUCUACAGAUAGUCCAACAGGGUAUUUUCAUGGGCUCGGUCGACGACGAAACAUGGAUCCCGGGUCUUUUGUUAGAGGGUGCACCAACCCGACGUAAUUCCUACAUCUUCCCCGAGGGCGAUAACACCCUCACUGUCUUAAACGUCAACAAGCUAUACUCGGAGCACAAGGAUCUAUUCGAUCAGAUUCCUGCCAUCGAAGCAAGCGAAGACACGAGCAAGGAAACGUGGGCUACUCUUACUGUUGUCGCUGAUCUAAGCUCUCAAGAAGGUCUCCAUCUUUUAUUGUCGGCUUUAUCAUUCAGACGUAACAACCCGGGUGUGCGUCUUGAUAUCAUCAAUAACCCUCUACCAUCCAGUAAUGCGCAUCAGACCAACGUGUUACUCAAAAAGGAUGUUACCAAGUUAUUGGAGGUAGAGAAUCUUGAAACCCUCGAGCUACUCUUAUCAGGGGCAAUCGACGUGCGGGAUGAUGGAUACAACGCUGCCUUGUCACGAUUUCUUACCGCCGCCGCCAUCAUCCCAGGCUCCCAGCUGCUUAUCCUUAAUGGUCGUGUAGUUGGCCCAUUUGCUGCUAGCUCGGCAUUCAAGGAGAGCGAUUUCGACUUGCUUCUCGAAUUUGAACAAGGAGCACGAAUACUCCCAGUAUAUAGAGCAGUAGAUGCACUAGGUCUAACAGAAAAGAUUUCGGGACCUCUAGCCGCCGCGAAACUUACAUCAGUCACGGCUUUAUCUACCAUGUCGGAUCUACCCGAGGGGAUUUUUGAGUCAGCCCCAACUCUAAGAACAACAAUGUAUGACCAGUGGAACUCAACUCAUACGAUGAUCGAUGUCGGUGAUCCUUCUACAGCGAACAUCCACUUCGUUUCUAUGAUCAACCCUGCUAGCGAGGUAGGGCAGAAGUGGGCUGCUAUACUCAAAGUUCUAUCUCAGCUAGAUGGCGUCUACAUGCAAAUCUUCUUAAAUCCGAAGGAGAAGCUCGAAGAGCUUCCUAUCAAAAGAUUUUACCGAUACAUAUUAGACUCAGCACCGUCUUUUGACGAUUCCGGCAAGGUCAGCCCUCUAGGUGCGACUUUCAAAGGACUUCCUUCUGAAGCUCUCCUCAACCUGGGCAUGGACGUACCACCUGCUUGGCUAGUAGCAGCAAAAUACUCCGUUCAUGACUUGGAUAAUUUGAAGCUAAGUUCCAUCAAAGCAGAUGUAGAUGCCACCUACGAACUCGAGCAUAUUCUCAUUGAAGGCCACUCCCGAGAAAGCACGAGCAGUCCUCCUCGCGGCGUGCAAUUAUUGCUUGGUACCGAGCUUGACCCCCAUUUUGAUGACACAAUAAUCAUGUCCAAUCUUGGAUAUUUCCAAUUUAAAGCCAAUCCUGGCUAUUACAAUAUACAUCUCAAAGAAGGGAGAAGCUCGGAGAUUUUCGAUAUCAUCAGCGUAGGCGCAAAGGGAUAUAACGCAGUUCCGGGUGAUGAAGGCACCGAAGUUGCUCUUAUAGACUUCCAAGGUACGACGUUAUACCCACGGCUCCAGAGAAAACCCGGUAUGGAACUCGAAGAUGUCCUCGAAGAAGGCACGGAUACUGGAGGAGAUAUCCUUUCCCGCGGCCUUAAGUUUGCCGAGGGAAUUCUCGGCGGAUCAAAGUCGAAGUUGAAAUCUGUGUCGGACGAAGUGCAUGCUGAGAUCAAUAUCUUCUCCGUCGCAAGCGGUCACCUUUACGAGCGCAUGCUCAAUAUCAUGAUGGUAUCUGUUAUGAAGAAUACGAACCACACAGUCAAGUUCUGGUUCAUUGAGCAAUUCCUAUCCCCGUCCUUUAAGGAUUUCAUCCCCCAUCUUGCCAAAGAGUACGGUUUCAAAUACGAGAUGGUUACGUAUAAAUGGCCACACUGGCUACGCCAGCAAAAGGAAAAGCAACGUGAAAUCUGGGGCUACAAGAUUCUUUUCCUCGAUGUCCUUUUCCCUCUAUCUCUCGACAAGGUCAUAUUCGUCGAUGCGGAUCAGAUUGUGAGAACGGAUAUGAUGGAUCUUGUCAAUCUCGAUCUUGAGGGCGCGCCCUACGGGUUUACGCCUAUGUGCGACUCUCGGACCGAGAUGGAGGGUUUCCGCUUCUGGAAGCAAGGUUACUGGAAGAAUUACCUCCGUGGUAAUCCAUACCACAUCUCGGCUCUCUACGUAGUCGAUCUUCGCCGUUUUAGGCAACUCGCAGCCGGCGACAGGCUCAGGCAGCAUUAUCACCAACUGUCGGCCGACCCGGCUUCUCUCUCCAAUCUCGACCAAGACUUGCCCAAUCAUAUGCAAUUUGUCAUCCCAAUCCACAGCUUAUCCCAAGAGUGGUUGUGGUGCGAGACGUGGUGCAGUGACGAGAGUCAAAAAGAAGCACGUACCAUCGAUUUAUGCAACAACCCACAAACUAAGGAACCAAAACUAGAUCGAGCUAGAAGACAGGUACCAGAGUGGACCGUAUACGAUGACGAGAUUGCGGCGGUAGAUCGACGACGGAGAGGUUUAAUCACGGACGAUGAUACGCAGAAGGUGCUUGCGGGUAGUAGCGAAGAGAAGAACACCAAGAGUAGAACGCUUGAAGAGUCCGAACCUAGGACGAAGAAAGAUGAACUAUAGAAUCUCAGGCAUACAAGUACUUACAUAGAGUAAAUGAAACCAUU